AUGGGCAGAACUGUGAAUAGAAAGGCAGGAAGUAAAAGUAAUGGAAACCCAGUUGACUUGAACCAGGAACUCAGGGAAGUGAAGCGUGAACGUGUGACUCGAAGCCGGGUGAACUCAGGAGUGGAAGAACCGAAUCAGCAAGCUCAGGAAAUGGACCGGCGAGUCCUCCGGUCUAUGUAUCGUACCUUACAGAAUAGAAUCAAGGAUAAGAGAGAUGAUUUAAUGAGACUGGAUUCGGAAAGGUUUAAUACCAUGAUUAAGGAAGUUGAAAAUUUGCAUCAGUUUGUACAGAAGCCAAGAGAGCAAGUUGCAGAUGCAGAGGCAUUGUUGGGGUUAACUAACACUUUGGUGUCUUCCGUUAAGUCACAGUCAAAUGAUGGUAUCACACCUGCAGAUUUUGUAGACCAUUUGAUUAAAGAGUUUGGGCAGCCAACUAGGAAUUUAGACAACGAUGAGGAUGCCCCGGUUUCGAUCAAGUGGAAAGAUCUUGGUCUUGUUGUUUCUCCCAUUUUUCGGAGGUGUACGGGGCUUAGUACAAUGCUGGGACCAAUGAAUACCGAGUUGAAACAAAGGAAGGCUGUAGUUCAUAGAAAGCGUACGAGAUCAACUGAAAAAGCUCAGCCUGAAGAGGUUGAUGAUACUGGAGCAGAAAAGAAGACAGAUACUGAUAAGAAUAUGGCAACAAUAUUUGGGAUCUUAAAGGAGAAGAGAAGAGUUAGACUUGAAAAUUUGAUCUUGAACAGAAAGUCUUUUGCACAGACCGUGGAGAAUUUAUUUGCACUGUCAUUCUUAGUUAAAGAUGGCAGGGUUGAAAUUGUUGUGGAUGAAAGUGGAUACCAUUUUGUUUCACCUAGGAAUGGUCCAGCUCCCAGUUCUGUUAUGUCCGGGGAGGUUGCUUAUAGACAUUUCGUGUUCAGAUUUGACUUCAAGGAUUGGAAGCUAAUGAAGAAUAUGGUGCCGGAAGGCGAGGAGCUUAUGCCACACAAAGAAAGUUCUGCUGCUUCUCAGGUGGAGCUAGAGGCUAACAACAAUCAAGGAACACAACCUCGGACACCCAUCAGGAAAUUCUCUAGGAACCGUGGCUUGGUUGUCCAAGAAGAUGCAGUUAUAGUGGAAGACUCUCCUGAGAUUGAUGAUGUAGAUGCCAAAGUCACUGGCAUCAGGAGGUGUAGGCGCAAGAUCACUUGA